AUGACGCAGAGUUUAUCUAGUGAUCCAGCCGCCACGCAAAGCGUCUCCGCAGACACGGUGCGUUGGGCACCGAACGACGCUUACGAACAGGCGGUUGGGAGGCCUGAGUAUGCAGGGAGGGUUCGGCAGGUUGGGCCGAACGUCACACCUGUUCGGGGGACAUGUUUCUCAUAUAGGCCUCGGUCACAAGGGGGACCAUCUCAGGGCACGUCUCGGGAUUGGGCCGAAAACACUCGGAAGAUGGAAGAGAUGCAAGCGGAGCUACAGGCUGAGCGAGCGAGGAAUGACCUGUUGGAGCAGCGCCUGCGACAGGUUGAGGUCUUCAUGUCCUCCAUGGGAGCAUCAGCACCAUGUCUUGGUACGCCUUCACCUGCACACGUAGGUAGUACGUCGUCUGUUAGUAGUGCAUCUGCAGGUAAUUCGACAACGGUUGGUACGUUGUCGCCUGUUGGACGACGGCUGACCCAGCAUUCCAUUGUCGCUACACCUUCGCCCGCUACACCAUUCCUUGCGCAGCAAUCGCCAGUUGGCGAUAACACCCCUGGGACGAAUUUCUCACUCACAACAAAAAGGAUGAUAUAA